UUCCCUUAAUCUAGAACUCCCACGAGCCCAAAUCCCCUAAAACCCUAAGCGAGGGAGGGGGCUCUUGGGUCUCGCUCAUCGCACAUCAAUGGCGCUCUAUCUGCUAUUCGAAUCGGCCUCCGGCUACUCUCUCUUCCUCGCUCAUGGCAUCGACGAGAUCGGCCAGAGCAUCGAUGCCGUACGUGAAUCAGUACUCGACCUCAAUCGGUUCGGCAAGGUCGUUCGCCUUGUAGCCUUUAGCCCCUUCUCCUCAGCUAUCGAUGCCCUCAACCAGUGCAACGCCAUUUCCGAAGGGAUUAUGACCGACGAGCUGAGGAACUUCUUAGAGCUCAAUCUUCCAAGGAGGAAGGAAGGGAAGAAGCCAAAGUUUAGUCUUGGAGUUGCAGAGCCGAAGGUUGGGUCGCAGAUCUUCGAGGUGACGAAGAUUCCAUGCCAAAGCAACGAUUUUGUCCUGGAGAUACUACGUGGCGUCCGUCUGCACUUUGAUAGAUUCAUCCAGGAUUUGAAGCCAAAUGAUUUGGAGAAGGCUCAACUGGGUUUGGGCCAUAGUUAUAGCAGGGCCAAAGUUAAGUUCAAUGUCAACAGGGUGGAUAACAUGGUCAUUCAGGCAAUCUUUCUCCUCGAUACCCUUGAUAAAGAUAUCAAUACUUUCUCCAUGAGAGUGAGGGAGUGGUACUCGUGGCAUUUUCCAGAGCUUGUGAAGAUUAUCAAUGAUAACUAUUUAUAUGCCAAAGUUGCAAUGUUUUUGGAGGACAAAUCAAACUUGUCUGAGGAUCAAAUUCCACAGUUAGCUGAUAUAAUUGGGGACGAGGAAAAGGCUAAUGAAAUCUUAGAAGCAGCCAGAGCAUCAAUGGGGCAGGACCUCUCACCAAUUGAUCUGAUAAAUGUCAAGCAGUUUGCUCAAAGAGUUAUGGACUUAUCUGAUUACAGGAAGAAGUUAUAUGUGUAUCUCGUCACAAAAAUGAAUGACAUAGCACCAAAUUUGACAUCUCUAAUUGGUGAAGUUGUCGGUGCACGUCUUAUUUCUCAUGCUGGAAGUCUCUCAAAUCUAGCCAAGUGUCCUGCUUCCACCCUCCAGAUACUUGGUGCUGAGAAAGCACUUUUUAGAGCUCUAAAAACAAAAGGAAACACUCCCAAAUAUGGCCUUAUCUUCCAUUCUUCCUUUAUUGGUCGUGCUUCUGCGCGGAAUAAAGGUCGUUUAGCUCGUUAUCUUGCAAACAAGUGUUCAAUUGCUUCUCGAAUUGAUUGUUUCUCAGAUAUUAAUACCACUGUCUUUGGGGAAAAGCUACGGGAACAGGUUGAGGAGAGAUUGGACUUCUAUGACAAAGGAGUUGCACCUCGCAAGAAUGUUGAUGUUAUGAAAUCUGCCAUUGAAAUUGCACAAAGCUUGGCUGGGGAAGAUGCUGGAGAAAAUAAAGGUAUUGAUGAACCUUCUACAAAGAAAAGCAAGAAGAAGAAGAAAUCAAAAGAUGAGGCUGAGGAAAUAGAGCCGGUGGAAAUUAAACCUUCUGAUUUGGUGGAUGAAGAUGCAUCCACUGAACCAGAGACUAAAAAGAGGAAGAAGAAAAAACUGAAGCAUGCAGAGGAUGAGGAUACCAAAACCAUUGAAGCAGUAAAUGGAGCAAAUGAAACUUCUAAGAAGAAAAAGAAACAUCGAAAAUCAGAAGAGGGUGAUGUUGAAAGAAUAAUCGAAGGGAAGAAGAAGAAGGUAAAAACAGAAGGCCAUGAAUGAGCACUUGCCUGGAAACUUUCAGAGUUCAAUUUGCUUAUUGAAGCCAGUAAGCAAAGCAGCCACUUGGUUGGUCGAAUCUCAGUGCUGACAGUGAAGAAGAUAAUCAAAGUUGUAAUUUGUAUUAUCCUUUUUUUUUUUUUUGUAUAAUCAUCAACUUUUCGCUACAUUUAAAGUUCUUCUGAACAAACUCUCAGUGAUGAGGACAUCAGAAGAUCAAUGAUCUACGGUCACGAUCUACUUUUGAUUAUUAUUGUAUUUGAUGUAUUUUAUUUUAUGUUUUAUGAGUCUAUUGUAUUUGUUUCCGUUUA